GAAGGCCAAGCGCAGGCAGCAGGAGAGGUUCGUUACCGUGAGGCUGUGACCUUCCGUGGCUCCCGGCUCUGGCAGGCUGCGGGGGCUGGAGCUUUCUGGGGGCUCAGCAGCUGUGAGUUUGACCUGCUGCGGGUAGUCCGGAAAGAAGGAUUGUCCAAGUGUGGAAGAUGUAAACAGGCCUUUUACUGCAAUGUGGAAUGUCAGAAGGAAGACUGGCCAAUGCACAAGCUAGAAUGUUCUGCCAUGUGCGCUUUUGGGCAGAACUGGAAUCCCUCGGAGACCGUGAGGCUAACGGCGAGGAUCCUUGCCAAGCAGAAAACUCACCCUGAAAGAACACAGUCGGAGAAGCUGCUUGCUGUAAGAGAGUUUGAGUCACACCUUGACAAACUAGACAAUGAAAAGAGGGAGCUGAUUCAGAACGACAUUGCUGCUCUUCAUCACUUUUACUCAAAGCACUUGGAGUACCCUGACAAUGCUGCCCUUGUAGUUCUCUUUGCACAAGUUAACUGUAAUGGCUUCACAAUUGAAGAUGAAGAACUCUCUCACUUGGGAUCGGCCAUAUUUCCUGAUGUUGCGUUGAUGAACCAUAGCUGUUGCCCAAAUGUGAUCGUAACUUACAAGGGGACCUUGGCUGAAGUCAGAGCUGUUAAGGAGAUCGAGCCUGGAGAAGAGGUUUUUACCAGCUAUAUUGACCUGCUGUAUCCCACGGAAGACAGAAACGACCGGUUAAGGGACUCGUACUUCUUUAACUGUGAUUGCAGGGAGUGCGUUACAAAAGAAAAGGAUAAAGAGAAGCUGGAAAUCCGCAAGCUGGAUGAUCCUCCAUCAGCAGAGACCGUAAGGGACUUGAUCAAAUACGCCAGGAACGUGAUUGAGGAAUUCAGGCGAGCCAAACACUACAAAUAUAUCCUUUGUCUCAGCCUGACUCCACCUGGGCCUGGAGAACCUUACCUGCUGGACUGUGUCGGCAGUGCCCACAGGAGAAGGGCUGCGACCG